CACUUUCUAAGUUUUUGGGGUAAUCAGAAGCGCUACUUCAUUCAAACUCGUCGUCCUUCUAAUUCCCACCAUAGAGAAUUAAAGAAAGCUGAAAAAUGGAAAAAGAAGCCGUCUUUUGGCACUUACAUUUUUUUAGGAUUUUGGCUCCAAAAAAAUUUCAGCAUAACCACCAUAUAUAUGAGAAAAUAAACGAAAAAGUUACACUGGAAAGUGAAGCAGAAUUUCUGCACCUGAGCAAGAAGACCAGAAUCAGGAAUGGUCGUGGCAAGACUAGGGGGAAAGGUCUUGAAAGGAUGAGGAAGUCUAUGGGAAGCAAGAAGAAAAUAGAGAUCCCAGUUGGUAAAGAGAGGCCAACUAAGCCAACUCAAUCAGCAAAAUUAUCUAAUGAGCUAGGGAUAAUUGCCCGAAAUUUUCUUUCGCUCCCAAACAAGUGGAAGGAACUCACAAGAGAGGACAAAGGUGCAACCUUAAUUAGAUGCCACAUAAGGAGUCUAUACUCUUGUAAUUUUAUUACAGUGAGUCCUGUUCUUUCGGGUAUUGCUAUUAUUCAUCCAUCUAUUUUAUACUCUUGCAAUUUUAUUACAGUGAGUUCUGUUCUUUCAGGUAUUGCUAUUAUUCAUCCAUCCAUUUUUUCGGUGAACUCAUAG